GCCAGCAUCAUUGCUCCCUUUCAGCUUCAACAUCUCGAAGAGAAAAACUGGCCUCUUCUCAGAGGGAAUGGCUGCCUGUAUCCCAGGCUCCGACCACUCGCUCCGAACCCCCCGCUGAACAGCCAUGUCUCUGGACAUCUGGCCUCCCGUUUCCCCAGGGGAGCUCAAGAUAAAAGUCGCUGAAACCCAGAAACGCGAGCUGGCAUGGAUUGUCGGGAGGACGUUGAAGGUCUGUGAAGAGCUCAAGCAUGGCUUGGAAGAUUGCUAUGCGCUCCUGGCGCCGGUUGAUCCUGGCAGCACGUUGGUCAUGAGCACGCCGCGCAACGAACGGGUCAAGGGCACCAUCACUCGAGUCGGCACGCGCAUCGUCAAAGGGACCCUCAGUCUUCAAUUUCGAACCAUUGCGCCGCAGACUCUUACCCUCUCGCAGUCGUUCCCCAUCCACAUCCACGUCCUCGACACCCUCCACACCCAUCUGACCGAAUCAAUCGAUCUUCUCGGCCUCCUGCUCUCCAACAAUCGCAUAUCCGAUUCUAGCUCCGAAGCCAAUACCUCUUCUACAAACGCAGCCCAAGGCCUCUCAUCAGGAAUGCGCCUCCUCGCCGACUCUAUAACGGCCUCCAUCGCUCUCCUCAAAGGGCCACCACUCAACGAGGCAGACACCAACUGGACCACCCAGUCCUGCCCGCCCUCGCACUUUACACCACCUUUGACGCAAAACUUCAGCUUCUACAUCACCCUCCAGGAGUGCAGCAUCGUCCUCCUCAUGCGCGCCCUCGAGCCCGUCCACGCACCCGUCCACUUUGGCACGAAACUCGGCCUCGCUAUCGGCACGUUCCGGCGCCUUGAGCAUGACGAGAUGGACAUUAUCUUCAAGUACAAGCCUGGGGGAGACGCCUAUUCCGAUACCAAGCGGAUUUCCGCCAAUCACACAGUUGAACCCCCGGCAGCUUCAAGACCUCCGACGGCAGAUACACAGUUGGAGGAGGUCUAUGUACGGGAAAAGGUCCGGGUAGAGAGUGCAGAUCCCAGCCUCAUCUCUCUGUAUUCGAAAUUGGGUUAUUUGAGCAUCGUCUUAGACCAGGCGCGGCGGAAUUUGGAUGCCGUCAUGGCUUUCCAGCCAAAGGAAUAUACGAAAUAGCUACCAGUAUGAGUGUUGUCAUAGAGCAUUGAUGGUGAUCACUUUCUUGUACAUACAUGUUUUGUCAUUGUUUGAAGGGGAUAUUAUCGGUCUGAUUGGUAGCAUACACAUUUGAAAUACCCUUUGUCUCCAAUUAGAUGUAUUUGGUCAUAGAUUAAGUAGCAAGCAG